AUGCUCUCUCGGCCGCCGGCCGCGGAGCCGCCGCCGCCGCCGCAGGAGGGCGAGGAGGGGUCGACGGGUUCGAACCUGCCGCCCUUCUCCUCGCGCCGCCGCGCCGCGGCGGCGGCGGCGAAGGAGGCGGCGGCGGCCGCGGCGGCGGCGGCGGAGCGGGCGGCGCGCGAGGCGGUGGAAGGCGGGGCGCCGCGGGGGGCGGAGCAGGCGGACGCGGCGGGGGCGCUGGCGGCGCUGGCGGAGCGGCUCAGGGCGGCCCUGCCGUCGGUUGGCACCCCCCCGGCGGCUGACGGCCGCGGCGUGACCCUGGGGGAGUCCUACGUGGACAGCCCCACGCUGUCUGACGUCACCUUCACGGUGGAGGGCCGCCCCUUCCGCGCGCACCGCACAGCCCUGCUGGCGUCAAGCGACGCGUUCAGGGCCAUGUUUGAGGGGGGCUACCGCGAGGCCGGGGCCGGUGCCAUAGAGAUCCCCAACAUCAGCUGGGCCGCGUUUGACGCCAUGAUGAGAUACGUCUACACGGGGCAGGCCGUGGUGCCGUCUGGCCUGGAGGCCGAGCUGCUGGCGGCCAGCGACCAGUACCUGCUGGACGGACUCAAGACAGCCUGCCAGGACGCCAUA